CUCAGCUGAUGUGAAGGUUGUUCCUGGACCCUGAGAGCAGGACAGUGGUGCUUUAAUGGACUGCUCGGGUUCAGGUGAGCCGCUCCGACCUCAGACCGAACACAGCGAAGCAUCUUCAGUGAGGAAGAGCCUCAGGUUACUGCUCUGCAGGUAAACAGGGUCACUGUGCAGAGUGGACAGGGUCAGUACAGUUCUCUAUCAGUCCAUGUAUCAGAAUGUGCUCGAAUUAAGAGUACGGGUCAGAAAAGUGGAGCUGAUUCAGAUUCAAAUGAUCUAUUUUCACUCCUUGAGCCUGUGAGAAUGCUGACCAGAUUUCUGACCCUCGUGUUAAUAUCUUAGUUACAGCACCAUAAAGACUUACUAACUUUAUGUAAAGCUGUCAAUCAAACGCUUAAAAGCUUUAUCCAGAUGUUGUGUACAUACAGACUGGGAGGGGGGAGGAGCUAAGCAGAGUUGGGGGCGUGUCUAUAAAAUGACCUAAAAGCUUUAUCCAGAUGCGUAUAGCGCCUCAGACUAGGGAACUGGGAGGAGCAAAGCAGAGUUUGGGGGCGUGUCUAUAAAAUAACUGACAGGCUUCCCAAAUAAACACUUUCUGGAGUGUAACGAAGUUUUUUCAGAAUUUUUUUUUUUCAGAAACAAUAAUACAGGCCGUGGCUGUCAUGAUUUACACAUGUUCAGCUUUUUAAUAUGUAAUAAAUGUGAGAGAAACAUGUUUUUAAUCCACUGUCGCGCUUUUAAUGCCAUUUUAAAUGUAAUGUAAUGACGGGAUGUGACCAGAGGUGGCGCUGAUGGACUCUUACCAUGAAGAAGUAGCGAAGAAGAACGUUCCGGAAGUGCGUGUGUGCUAGCGUGCUUCUCUGUCAGUUUAAACCGGACAGGUUUCCUCUGGAGAACAGAAAUUCCCUGAAUAUUGUAUGAAUUUCAGCGUUGUUGAAGCGGAUUAAUUGAUUUAAUGUAAGAAACAUCUGGAUGAAUUUUAUUGCAAUAUUUAUUACACCAAAUAAAAUGCUGCUAAUUGUGGUGUCCAAGGUAACGGCUGUCAUUUAAAGUAACUGACCGAGAGGAAGCUUUUCCGGAGCAAAGCAGCAUGGAGGCCGCUCUGAGCCGGCUGAAGUCUCUGAGCGCUGACCAGCUCAGGGAGGAGAUCCUCAAAGCCAACCUGAAGUGCGGCCCCAUCACGGCCACCACACGUGCCGUCUUCGAGCGCAAACUGGCCCGCGCCCUCGUGGAGAACGCCGGAGUCUCCGUAUCAGAAUCUGGAGGCUCCGCCCCCGGCGCCACCCUGGCCGAAGAGGGGGACGUCGGGUACCACCUGGGCCUCAACCCACCCGAGGAGGAGCCACUGAGUGAGAAGAGCGCGUCACCCUCCCGGCAUGAUGUCCAGACGCCAAACAGAACUGACCAGAUCACACCCACGCUGUACUACGGAGUGUGUCCACUGUGGGAGGAUGUGCUGGCCAGAAACGAGAGAGCUCACGUCUACACGGAGAAGAAGGAGGCUCUGCAGGCGGUGAAGAUGAUGAAGGGCGCCCGCUUCAAGGCCUUCUCUACCCGAGAGGACGCUGAGAAGUUUGCCAAGGGCCUGUGUGAUUACUUUCCCUCCCCGAGCAAGUGCGCCCCCUGUGUGUCCCCUGUGAAGACCGCCCUUGUCUUCAGCAAAGAUGCUCUGUCUGUCUGUCCAUCAGAGGGCGUGUCUCUGGCCGAGACGGACGGGAUAAACCGAGAAAAGGCCAACAGCUUCAAGAGUCCUCGUCCUCAGGACCUGACGGCGCGGCUGCGAGUGUGUGUGGAGCGAGGAGACGAGGCGUCCUUCACCGAGCUGGUGUGGAGCAACCCGCGCUACCUCAUCGGCUCCGGGGACAACCCCACCGUGCUGCAGGAGGGCUGCAGGUAUAACGUGAUGCACGUGGCAGCGAAGGAGAAUCAGGCGGGCGUGGCUCAGCUGCUGCUGGACACUCUGGAGAACCCGGACUUCAUGCGCUUGAUGUAUCCUGAUGACCCGGACAGCAUGCUGCACCAGCGCAUCCGCUACAUCGUGGACCUGUACCUCAACACGCCUGAUAAAGCCUGCUUCGAGACGCCGCUGCACUUUGCGUGUAAGUUUGGCUGUGCAGCUGUGGUCAACGUCCUCUGCUCUCACCCCCACAUUGACAAACAUAGGAAGAACAAAUAUGGGCAGAAACCCUACGAGAUCAUUUGUGAACGGAUGAAGGAAAAAAGUAAAAUCCCGGAAGUCAGACAGAAGAUCACAGAAUAUCUGGAAGAUCGGUGUUACGUGCCCCUCCUCCGAGCAGCCGAUAACUCCGCCCAGCCUGUGAUUGGUGCUCCCUGGUCACCUGAGCCCAUGGAAACCCUCUCACCGCUCUUACCCAGAAGCCCCCGGGAGCCCAUGAUGACCGUCAGGGCCUUCGCCGGCCCACUGAGCCCCUCUAAAGCAGAUGAGUUCAGGCGAGUGUGGAAGACGCCCCCCAGAGUGCGGGCGGAGUAUUUCCACCACAUCCUCAAGUCCGACCCGGAGCGUGGAGCGGAGCGAGUCGGCAGAGACCUGGCGCGGGAGCUGGGACACCCCUGGGCUGAGUACUGGGAUUUCCUGGACAGUUUUGUGGACUUGGUCUCAGUGGAGGGUCUGAGGCGUCUGGAGGACUUCCUGAGCAAGAAGGAGUUCAGUGAGCGCGCUCGAGACCAGGCUGGAGAACUCAAUAACAGCAACAAGUUCAGGACUCCAUCUCCUGGAAAGCAGAAGAAGUUCAGUAAUUCUGUGUCAGUGGGAGCGUUCCUGGACGAGACUGAUAUCUCCCUGGAGGAGAUAAAGAACCGACAGAAUGCAGCCCUUACCAGCAUCACCUCCUCCUCCUCCUCCUCCUGCUGCUCUAAAGAUGACCAGGGUGGGCGGGGCUUCCACAUCCUGCCCGUCUCACAAGACUCCGCCCUCAUUGAGCCGCAGAAGCCCGCCUCUUCCUGCCCUCCGUCACCCAUCUCCAACCUGAUGGCGGAGUUUGAGCGCAUGACGCUGCGCGACCCGGACAGAGGCGGGCAGGAAGGGGCAGAGCUUUCGAGUACAGGUUCGGAUGAGUACUUCCAGGCACGGGAGAGCAUGGAGGAGGAGGAGGAGGGGCAGAGAGCGAGGACCCGAAUGGGAUCGAACGGAGAGAGAUUGAUCUGUUCACGCUCCAGAUCCUGGGAUCAUGGAAGCUCCGCCUCCUCCUCCACCUCUGGAUCUUAUAGAUCGUUGGAUUGUUCUAAUGACCUCAUCCUGACCACGCCCCCUCGUGUCAGGAAAGGACUGUUUAUUGAAGGAGACUCUCCCUCCAGACUGGACCGUGACGUGUACUUGGCGCUAGGAGCCGUGGAAAUCGACCCACUUAAAUAUCCCAGCAUUCACAAGUGGAAGAGCACCGUCCAGUCAUACAGCAGCGCUGAGAUGCAGAGUUGGCAGACUCCGGCCGUGUUAAAGCCUCACUCCAGGCUCCAGUCUCUGACUCCUGGGUCUCCUGUGAGCCGUUACAGUCCGGUCAGACACGCCUACUCGCCUGACCACUCCAGUCCAGGACGCUACAGCCCUGCCCACUGCAGCUACAGCCCCACCCACGCCAGUUACAUCCAGCGCAUUCGGCUCAAGCACUUUGGAGACUCGCCCAUUUAACACAAGCUCGUGGGUGGACGCGGAGUCUGACCGCCUGUCCUCCUCAGACACGCCUGGACUGGACUGGACUGUAGCAUGAACUGAACUGCUACACUCUAGUGUAUAUUUUUAAUCAGUUGUCCUUUUCUUAUCUCUGUGUGUGUGUGUGUGUGUGUGUGUGUGUGUGUGUGUAAGUGUACGUCCGAGUGUGGAUUCGUAUGGUCGUUAUUUAUGGGUGAUAGAGAGGUCAUCUGAUUCACACGCUCCUCUGAGCUGUUAGAGCUAAUCAAAUAAAACUAGCUGAAUAAAGAGAGAUCAGGAAUGGAUCAUGUGGUGUAACUCAGUAGCACAACGUUCUCCAUGUGUGGUGGAGAGACGGGGAAGAGCUGGUGUUCCUCACAGCGCCUCCUGCUGGUCACUAACUGGACAGUAACUGUCUGUUGUGGACCAGGCCUUUCUGUUUUAUUUUUCUUCAGUAAUAAAUCUGUUGCUUCACGCUCAGCCUGCUUUAUUUCAGAGCACACGCUGAACACCAUCGUCAUAGUUCCAGUGGAGAGGCGUGGCCUGCGGUAGGGAGGUGGGGUUAUCAACCAGCACAUUCUGACAUCACAGUAUAAACAGCACAACACACCUACUUUUCUAACUAGAGUAAGCCAUGCUGAAUCCCGUCACACAGGAACAGCACUUUUUAAUGACCUUUUCUUAACAAACAAAAAAAAAGGGUGUGGUCCUGGGGUGUGUGUAGUGCCUUUUGAUGGUGAACACACGCACGCACACACACACACACACACACACACACACACACACACACACACACUCUGGAGCACAUUUCUGUGGAGAACAAAAGAGUAGUGAAGUGUGUGUGUGAGAUGCCUAUAAUUUUUCGUGUGUGUGUGUGUGUGUGCGUGUGUGUGUGUGUGUGUGUGUGUGUGCGCGUGCGUGCGUGCGUGUGUGUGCGUGCGUGUGUGUGCGUGUGUGUUCUCGCCCUGUUGCAUGACUCAGUCCUGUGUUAUUUCCCGGCAGAAGGAGAAAAGUUAUUUGAUGUACUACUGAGGAACAGAAUAAAGCUCGUAGCGUCUCGUAAA